AUGGCUUCGUCGGCGGAUGCCCCCGUCCCUCUCGAGGUCUCCUUCGACAUCCUGCAGCGCGUGCUGGACGAGGAGAGCCCGCUGCUGGCCCAGCUCUCCUACGUCGUCGCGCACCUGCACGACCCGAUCCAGGAAAGCUGCGAGCUAAGCCCCGCGGCGCGGCAAUCGCCGCCCGCCACAGGCAGCCACAGCGGCGGCGGGUCGAAGUCGGCCGCCAUUUUGCGUUUUUCGCAGUACUGGGAGUUGUUUGCCAACAUUUCCACCCUGCACGACGCGCACAGCACCCUCGUGGGUAAGCUGGAGGCGGUUGUGCGUCGCAGGGCCGAAAUUCUCGAGGAGCAUCAACUGCAGCGGCGGCCCCCCCAGGGGACUGCGAGCGACACCUCCACCGACGCCCCCUCCGUCUCCUCCACAGUCUGCCUGCCGGCGCAGGGGACGGGGGGGGCGGGCAGCAUCCCCGACUUAUUCUGCUCCGUCGCGAUGCGGCACUUCAUGGCGGAACACAUGAUGUACAGCCUGAACUACUCCCGUAACAUUGCCCCGUGUGUGAUGAAGCUGUGGCGGCUGUGGCGGUGCCGCUGCGACAAGCAAGCCAACGCCCGACUGAGCGCGUGGGAUCGGCAGCAGCUGGAUAGCCACAUGCGGUUUCUGCGUUUUUUGUGGGACGCCUUUGGCAACGAGGCCGGCGUGCCCAGCGACCCACGCGUGAUGUGUACGCGGCUUCCAGAGACAGACCCUGCGCGUCUGCAGCGGCGCCGCGCCGCGGGCGUCGCCACCAGCAGAAGCAGCAGCGGCUACAGUAAGCCCCUGGCGGCCUCCGCCGUCCUGCAGGAGGCCCCGCCGAUCCCGCCGGACUGGCGCGGAUUCGAAACGCUGCUCGUUCUUCUGGCCACCCCGCUCUCCUCGCUUCGCCGUUACCUGCACGUCGCUCGCUGCAUCAUCGAGUCCCAGUGCCUCCCCGCCCCUGUGCGCCAGCGGCUACAGAGAGACUUCAUCGAUGUGAUGACGCAUCGCCUAGCGGAGGAGCAGCGUCUCGUGCUUGACGAGGUGGCCCGGCAGGACGUCGCCCACAUUAUGUCCCUCAUUGACCAGGCGGCAACCACCGUACUGUUCGAGGCGGACAGGGCGAAGCCCCCCCGCAUCCACCCGUACGAGGACGGCGACCGCACACUCGUGCACUGCGGCCGCCUCGUCAAGCGGUUUCGGCGCGGCCGCCACGAGCGGCUCGUGUUCCUCUUUAGCGACUGGCUCUGCUACGUGGAGGAGCAGGCGUACGGUCGCAUGCGGCUGCGCGCCUCCAUCUCGCUCGAGGCGCUGCGGGUGGUUGAGCUCGACGACGCCGCCGACGUUGUGAACGGCUUUGACAUUGUGACGAAGCAGCGGCGCCUCACCUUCUUCGCGCCGACGCAGGAGCAGAAGCAGCAGUGGGUGGACGCGCUCCGCAACACGGCGGAGGCGCACAACGUGAGGCUGCAGCAGUUGGCGGCGUCGCUGCGCCACGGCGGCGCCCGGCAGUCACACGCUGCGGAGGACGCCGCCCGUCAGACGCGCGCGACGGCCCCGUCCUUCUCGCACAACUCCCGCCUGCGCCGGCAGCAGCGAGCGGAUCUUGCCCUGCAGCAGCGCUCCACAGCAGAGCCCACCGUCCUCGUCGCCGCCGCCGACGCAACGCCCUCCGCCGCGGCAGCGGUGGUGGCGAUUGACUUGACGGAGAAGCCACGACCCAACAGCUUCGACUUCACGCAUUGGGCGCAGCAGUUGGCCGACACCGUUCACAGGCGGGUGCGCAGCUCCUGCCUGCUCCCCUCCUCCUGGCGGCUGCCCUCCCCGCACGAGGCAAACACCGGCGAGGCGGAGGCCGUUGCGUUUGACGUCGAUUCCAGCGGCAGCAGCAAAAACGCGAAUGCUCCCUCCACGGCCGCCGCCGACGCUACUGCGUCUGCGUCUGCAUCUGCCCGCGUGAUGGAAGUCAGCGCGCCCGCGGCACUGCUCCCGGAGAACCCGCGGGUGCUGCCUAGAACCUCGGCGCCGCUUCUCUUCUCGGAGCGCUUCCAGGAGGGGAACUUUUCGCUCUCGUGCAGUCUUGACAAGUCCAACUCCUCCUUCACGGAGAACCUCUCAAGGAACGAGGGAAGGGAAGGGGCAGAGUCGGUUCGUUCGACGUUGCUCUCCGUUAUUGCCGCGACCAAGAGCCAGCGAAUCAAUUUGGCAGGCGAAGACGAAGUGGUGCUGGACUUCGAUGAUUGA